AUGGAUAACUUGUAUUCGGACGAGUUGCGCUUUGAGCCAGACGUCGCCAUCAAGAACGAGUUGGCCACGGCCUCACCGCGCGCCGCCUCCUCUACACCCAUUCCAUCUACAGAGACGGCGGACGCGACACCCUCUUCUGCGCGCGCGUCGCCGCCCAAGAAAAAGGGCACGGCCGCCAGUGUCAAAAAGGCUCCCAAGCGGCCCAAGUCGACGCUGUCCGGCAGGCCCAAAAAGCAGAAGUCUGGCGGCGGCGCCGACGACGGUUCCGCCGCCGAUGACGACUCGGACAACGGGCCCUACUGCCUGUGCCGCGGGCCCGACGACCACCGCUGGAUGAUUUGCUGCGAGGGAUGCGAUGAUUGGUUCCAUGGCGAGUGUAUCAACCUGAGCAAGGAGGUCGGGGAGAAUCUCAUCGAAAAGUUCAUCUGUCCGCGCUGCACCACCAAGCAGUUCCGGUCCAUCUACAAGAAGAGCUGCAGCAUGGGCGCCUGCAAAAAGGCCGCGCGCCUCGGCCAGUCGCCGCCGAGCUACUUUUGCUCCAAUGAGCACGCGCAGGCCUGGUGGGAGCGCCUGGUCGGCAGGCUGCCCAAGACGGGCAGGGGAGGCAGCAGCUUGACGGACCAGCUCUCCCAAGACGAGUUCAUGGCGCUGCUGUCUAGCGGACUGGCGACUGUGGACGAGCAUGGAAACUGGACCAUGACCGCGUCGCCCUUUGCCGCCGCCGCCGCCGAGAAGGGGAUAACCAAUGACGAAAGCAAAGACUCCAUCCUCAGCGAAGAGGAGAGGGGCUACGUCGAGCAGGCCGCCACCACGCGGCGGCAGCUCGAGGCCGAGACGCUGCUCUGCCACAAGAUGCUCAAGCUGAUCGAGCUGGCCCAGGAGCGCCGGCGCGCCGCCAUCGCCGCGGGCCGCCUCGGCGACGACAUGUGCGGCUACGACCAGCGCCUCGACACCAUCUCGGCGCGCGACGCCUUUGCCGCCUACGCGCGGUCCCCCGAGGGCCAGGCGGCCCUCUCCGCGCACCGCCUCGACGACCCGCUCGGCGACGGCGACGCCGUCCGCGGCAUGUGCGAGCGCAAGCGCUGCAAGACGCACAGCGGCUGGCAAAAGGCCCUCGCGCUCGGCAUCCGCCACCAGAUCCGCGAGAUGGCCGCCCAGUCCGAGGUCGAGGAGGCCGAGGAGCGCAUCGUCCGCGAGGCGGCGGCGGAGCGCUGGCGCAGGAAGCAGUCGGAGAAGAACUGGGUUGAGGUGAUUGACGAAUGA